CUGGGUGCCGCCGACAUGGACGCUCUGGCCCGUAAAUUGCUCGUUUUUUCCACCAUCACCGUGUUAGUGCACGCCACAGGAGAGAAAAUACCGCUCGGGGCGAUUUUCGAACAGGGCACGGAUGAGGUGCAAACGGCGUUCAAGUUCGCGAUGCUCAACCACAACCAAAACGUGACGUCCCGCCGUUUCGAACUUCAGGCCUACGUCGAUGUCAUCAAUACGGCCGACGCCUUCAAACUGUCUAGACUCAUCUGCAAUCAGUUCUCGCGGGGCGUUUACUCGAUGCUGGGUGCAGUCUCCCCCGACUCCUUCGACACCCUGCAUUCCUACAGCAACACGUUCCAGAUGCCGUUCGUCACGCCCUGGUUCCCGGAAAAGGUACUGGCACCGUCGUCCGGUUUCAUGGAUUACGCGGUGUCGAUGAGGCCGGAAUACCACCAGGCGAUCAUCGAUACCGUCCGAUAUUACGGAUGGGGGCGCAUCAUUUAUCUUUACGACUCCAACGACGGAUUGUUGCGAUUGCAACAGAUUUAUCAGGGUUUGAUUCCGGGCAACGAGAGUUUCCAAGUGUCGACGGUGAGAAGAAUCGGAAACGUGACUGAAGCUUUGCAGUUUCUACGUGGAUUAGAGGAACAGGCACGGUGGGACCACAAAUAUGUUGUCUUGGAUUGUUCGGCCGAUAUGGCAAAGGAGAUUGUUGUGAGCCACGUGCGAGACGUCACCCUCGGAAAGCGGACCUACCACUAUCUAUUGUCUGGACUUGUUAUGGACGAUCGUUGGGAAAGCGAGGUGAUCGAAUACGGCGCCAUUAACAUAACUGGCUUCCGCAUCGUCGACGAGUCCAAAAAGCAUGUGAAAGAUUUCCUGGAGAACUGGAAGCGACUGGACAACCCGAACAAUGCGCAGAACGGAGCCGUGAGGGAGAACAUUUCUGCGCAGGCUGCGCUCAUGUACGACGCGGUGUUCGUGCUGGUGGAGGCGUUCAACAAGCUGCUGCGCAAGAAGCCGGAUGUUUUCAGGAACAACAUGCGCAGAGGACAGAUCUACAACAACGGGAGCAAGGGGUUGGAUUGUAACGCCAGCGGCGGUUGGGUCACACCGUGGGAGCACGGUGAUAAGAUUUCUAGGUUGUUGAGAAAGGUGGAACUGGAAGGAUUGACUGGAGAAAUCCGUUUCAGCGAGGAAGGAAGACGCCAAAAUUACACCCUGCAUGUCGUUGAAAUGACAGUAAAUAGUGCAAUGGUAAAAGUAGCUGAAUGGAGUGACGAGACUGGAUUUACUCCAGUUGCUGCCAAAUACACCAGAUUGAAACCGACUGCACAAAUUGAAAGAAACAGAACGUACAUAGUUACAACCAUUGUGGAAGCUCCGUACAUAAUGUUACGAAACGAACCAGGAGAAACGUUGACAGGAAACGAUCGAUAUGAGGGUUACUGCAAAGAUUUAGCUAAUUUAAUAACCAAAAGAUUGGGGAUAAACUACGAAAUAAGAGUAGUAAAAGACGGCCAUUAUGGUUCAGAGAACCAUGACGUUAAGGGGGGUUGGGACGGAAUGGUUGGAGAAUUAGUUAGAAAUGAGGCGGACAUGGCGAUCGCACCGAUGACGAUAACGUCGGAACGUGAACGCGUCAUCGACUUCAGCAAACCGUUCAUGUCCCUGGGCAUCUCCAUCAUGAUCAAGAAGCCAAUGAAACAGAAACCUAGCGUUUUCAGCUUUCUGAAUCCGCUCUCCAAAGAGAUAUGGGUCUGCGUCAUAUUCAGCUUCAUCGGGGUGAGCAUUGUGCUCUUCACGGUAUCAAGAUUCUCCCCGUACGAGUGGCGUUUACUUCAUCUAACCGGCGAGCAUCGGGAUCCGGCGAAUCAGCACACGAAUCACGGCGGAACAAUGGCCAACGAUUUUACAAUGCUCAACUCCCUUUGGUUCUCGCUCGGCGCUUUCAUGCAGCAGGGUUGUGACAUCUCGCCCAGGUCUAUUUCCGGCAGGAUUGUGGGAGCCGUUUGGUGGUUCUUCACGCUGAUCCUGAUCUCGAGUUACACUGCUAACUUGGCGGCUUUCCUAACGGUUGAGAGGAUGGUGGCUCCGAUUAACUCUCCGGAGGAUCUGGCGUCGCAAACUGAGGUGGAAUACGGUACUUUGGUCAAUGGUGCUACCUGGGACUUCUUUAAGAGAUCACAGAUAACUUUGUAUUCGAAGAUGUGGGAGUACAUGAAUUCGAGGAAGCACGUAUUUGUGAAAUCCUACGAUGAGGGUAUUAAAAGGGUGAGGCAAUCCAAAGGAAAGUAUGCGUUGCUUAUUGAGUCCCCAAAGAAUGAUUACAUCAAUGAGAGGGAGCCUUGCGACACCAUGAAGGUUGGCAGGAAUUUAGAUGCCAAAGGAUUUGGAGUUGCCACUCCCCUUGGAUCACCUCUAAGGGACGCAGUUAAUUUGGCAGUACUGGGACUGAAAGAAGAUGGAGAACUUGCGAAGCUUAUGAAUAAAUGGUGGUACGACAGAACUGAAUGUAUACAUGACAAACAAGACACGUCUAGGAACGAGCUGUCGCUGAGUAAUGUUGCAGGGAUAUUUUACAUUUUGAUCGGUGGACUUUUGAUAGCCCUGGCGGUUGCCCUGAUAGAGUUUUGUUACAAGUCGCACACCGAGGCGACUAGGGCCAAAAUUCCCCUGAGUGACGCCAUGAAGGCCAAAGCAAGACUGACCAUAGGUGUUGGCAGAGACUACGACAAUGGAAGGUACUACACUCCUGCCAACCAGAUCGCCGGCGGGAAUGACCAGGAACAGGCACACAGUAACACGCACACGCAGGUGUGAACCGCCGCCGUCGGAUGCCCUCCGUCUAUUCAGACACAUGUAUUUUCUCAUCCAAAAAAUUGCAGCCCAUUCAGAUACUGAGAUCUCGGUCCUGUCCAAUGCAUCCCUGUUUCAUGUUUACCAUUUAUUUUAUAUCCGGGACGCUUUUUUACGAAGGGGUCUAAUCUAAUAUUUAGGUUUGCGUAUGCCCCUCCAAAUCAAAAUAUACGUGUUUAAUCAAACGUUUAAUCAAAACUUGUUAAAAUGUGUAUAAUCAAAUUUGUAAUUGUAUUAUAAUUUAUUGACAUUAGAAUAAUAAUAAAAAAAAUGGAUAAGAUAGAUAAACUAAAUCAAAAAUGAUAAUUAAAAUUCGUGUCCCAGAUUCAUUUUCAUUCCAUUAUACAAUGUACAUUUUCGUGUUAACAUAUCUAAAUGUUGUUGCAAAAAAAAAUCACCCGAACAUUUUGUGGGUGCUUUACAUUCGACAGGACAUUACCCUAUCAUUUAUAUCAUACUUAUAUGUAAUAUUUUUACUUGUAGAUUAAUGUGAACGUUAUACAGACUUUUGUCAAUUUAGUCUAUAUAUGGCGAUUAAAUAAACUUGUUUGUUGUACAA